AUGUGUUCUUUUAUGUAUGCACAUCAUGUCAGAUAAAAUAACUCCGGGCAAGUUUAUUUUUUAAUUACAGGGUUGGUUUGGAGGGUUGACACACGACCAACGCGGUGGAGGCGUAAAAUCAAAGGCUUUAGAAUCGUUCACUAUAAACCAAGAAUAAUAGUGUAUACAUAGUACAUGUCGAAUAUAAAUUUACUAGCGAUAGUGCAGGGUUUUUUAUAUUGUUCUUUUUAUACACAUAUCAUAUUAUCUAUCAUCCCUCGUUUACUCGCACGAUUGAGAGAGUUCGGCACGUUAAAAGUGUGCAUGUGGCGGGGUUGACCGAAUUUCACGGGUAUUAUCGUCAGAACCAAUAGCUGUGCAUUAGAGUCCACCCUCACUUUCAACCCUUAAUAUCGUGGCCCAGGGCGCAGUCGUCUUCAGUCUCUACCGGACAACUAUCACUUCACCACUAACUGAUUAUAACAGUUUUUCUGCCGCAGAUCGAUCUUUACGACGAAUUCAGUAUCAUUACAUCAUUAAACAAGAAAAUUCUAAGAUUUUAUAUUGAAACAAUUUUCGGAUUUACACAUCAAAAUCGAGAUGUUGGCCACCGAAGAGUCGUUAAGGUUCGCCUCCAGGUUUGGUCUAUUAGAUCAUUUUCCACGGCUGUACGUGGACACUAUGUGGGCGAGAUUUAACCAGCCUGGAGCGUUCGUCGCCAAUGAGGCGGCAUCUCAAAUGGAAGGAUACGCCAGAGCUGUUGCCCUCUCGAGGAACGUUCAAAAACAGAUGACCAGCAACGGGGGAGGAAAACCGAAAAAACGAUACAUAUGCGAGUAUUGUGACAGGGAAUUUAGCAAAUCGUACAAUCUUCUAAUACACGUUCGCACGCACACUGAUGAACGACCCUAUCCAUGCGAUACGUGUGGAAAAGCUUUUAGAAGACAAGAUCACCUUAGAGAUCAUAAAUAUGUACAUAUGAAAGAUAAGCCGUUUUCAUGCGAAUCUUGCGGAAAAGGAUUUUGUCAAAUGCGAACAUUAGUAAGUCACAGGAAAAAUGCUCAGUGCCAGUGGUAUCAAUAUCAAAGACACCAAGCAAUGGCUACACAAUUAGCAGUCCCACUCAUUGUAAACGAACGACUUACAGACUUUAGUAUACGAACUUUACUAGGAAUUAAAAAGGACGAUAAUUAAUCGUAGUUUAUUUUGUAGUUAAAAAUAAUAAG